AUGGACAUGAUCGAGAACACCGUGCUGAAUAGGAGGCUUCAAAGACUGAAGCAGCACUUCCUGAAGAUGCAGGCCAACUUGACCUUGGCUGAGCACGUCUUGAUGGAGCAGACCAAGCUGGUGGAGUGGAAGGUGAAGAACUUCCUCAAGACAGAUGUCAAAGUCAACAAGACCAUUGCAGCCGCGAAGAAAGUGAAGGACACUGAAAUGAAGAUCCUCGCCGAGGAGGAGAAGGUGAAGGACGAGAUUGUGGAAGCUACGGCAAACGAAGCGAGUCAAGCAGAGCAGACUGCCGCGAAUACAAUGGCUUCGCAGGGGUAA